CCAACAGUACACACCAGCGCAAAAUGUCCAAGUCUGAAUUGAAAGAUAAAAAGAGAAAGGUCGAAGAUGACUCUGAAGCCCCAAAGUUGAAGAAGGAAAAGAAGGACAAGAAGGAAAAGAAGGAAAAGAAAGAAAAGAAGGAAAAGAAGGAAAAGAAGGAAAAGAAGGAAGCCGCCUGUGCUUCUGCACCAGCUGAUGGUGACUACACUGAAUCCGCCGAAUUGAAGGCUAUGUCACAGUCCGAUGUUGAUGCAUUUUUCAAGGACAACGAAGCUGCCGUUGAAGACCCAGCCAACAAGAACUUGAGACCAUUGUUGUCUUUCAACCACAUCACCUUGCACCCAUCGAUUUCCAGCCACGUUUCCAAAUUCCCAAAGCCAACCCCAAUUCAAUCCAUUGCCUGGCCUUACCUUUUGUCCCAGAGAGACGUCAUCGGUGUUGCUGAGACCGGUUCUGGUAAGACCUUCGCUUUCGGUGUUCCAGCCAUCAACAACAUCUUGUCCUUCGGCAAGAAAGGCUUAAAGGUGUUGUGUGUAUCGCCAACCAGGGAGUUGGCCUGUCAGAUUUACGACAACUUGGCUGACUUGACCAAGGGCACCUCCAUCAACUGUGUUGCCAUCUACGGUGGUGUCUCCAAGGCCGACCAGGUCAGACAGAUGAAGAAUGCCAACGUUGUCAUCGCCACCCCAGGUAGAUUGAUUGAUUUGAUGAACGACGGUGCUAUCAACUUGAGCAACAUCGACUACUUGGUCCUCGAUGAAGCCGACAGAAUGUUAGAAACUGGUUUCGAAAAGGAUAUCAAGGCCAUUAUCGGUGCCACCCCCUCCACCAGACAAACCAUGAUGUUCACCGCCACCUGGCCAAAGGAGGUCAGAGACUUGGCUGCCUCUUACAUGAAGGAGCCUGUCAAGGUCUCCGUCGGUAACAGGGACGAGUUGUCCGCCAACAAGAGAAUCACCCAGGUCGUUGAGGUUGUCAACAGAUUCGACAAGGAAAAAAAGUUGUUGCAGUUGUUGAAGAAGUACCAGUCGGGUAGUAACUCCGAUGACAAAAUCUUAAUCUUCGCCUUGUACAAGAAAGAAGCCACCAGGGUUGAAAGAAACUUGCAGUACCACGGUUACUCCGUUGCCGCUAUCCACGGUGACUUGACCCAGCAGCAGAGAACCCACUCCUUGGAGCAGUUCAAGUCCGGUAAGGCCAAAUUGUUAUUGGCUACCGAUGUCGCCGCCAGAGGUUUGGACAUUCCGAACGUCAAGGUUGUCAUCAACUUGACCUUCCCAUUGACCGUCGAAGACUACGUGCACAGAAUCGGCAGAACCGGUAGAGCCGGCAAAUACGGUAUCGCCCACACCUUGUUCACCGAAGAGGAGAAGCACUUGGCCGGUGGCUUGCAGAAUAUCUUGAGACAGGCCAAUCAGCCAAUCCCAGAAGCCUUGGUCAAGUUCGGCUCUCACACCAAGAGAAAGGAACACAGCGUUUACGGUGCUUUCUACAAGGAGACCGACGGUCUCAAGAAGGCCACCAAGAUCACCUUCGAUUAAACUUGUUGCAUAACCUCCUACACGUCUAGCUGUUUUGUAUUUUUAUAGCGUUGUAUAAUAUAACAAAUUGGCGGAAGCCUUCUUUCAGAUAUCGCCAGUUUGUAGUUCAACCCCCCUUUGCCAUAAUUUCGUAGCAAUCCUUGCGGGGGUCAUAUAGCAGCCAUGAUUGAUUUUCCCACCUGACGUCAUGUUCCAGUCACGUGUAAAGUAAGGAAUGGUAUCC